CCAGAUGAAAAAUCCCCUAAGCAUCAGCUUGCUCUGUUUUACAGGGUAAAUGGAAAGUGCAGGGAACUCUAUUUGGUUGCCUACAAAACGCCAAAGGAUGGCGAAUAUUUUGUUGAAUAUGACGGAGGGAAUACAUUUAAUAUACUUAAGACAGACUAUGACAGAUAUGUCAUGUUUCAUCUCGUUAAUUUCAAGGACGGGGAAACCUUCCAGCUGAUGAAUCUCUUCGGCAGAACAAAGGAUCUGAGUUCAGAUAUCAAGGAAAAGUUUGCAAAACUAUGUGUGGCGCAUGGAAUCACUAGGGAGAAUAUCAUUGACGUAACCAAGACUAAUCGCUGUCUCCAGGCCCAAGGUUGAAGAAAGGCCUGAGCCUCCAGGUGGG